UGCGGAGCGGACGUUUAAUUUUUUUCGAUUUUCGAAUAUUCUUUUUACGAGUUGUGAUCCCGUUUUUAUUAUAAAUAUAUACAAAAAGACAACGAUUGUGAUAUUUUAUUUUUUAUUUAAACAGUCAGUGCUGUGAUUGUGCAUUUUCGACGUGGAAUUUAUCGAGACUUCAAUAAAAAUAAUGUUUGGAAUUUCAUAUCAGAUAUCCAAAAUGCUGAUCGAGUAGGAUAAAAAGGCGUGAAAAUGGACAAAGAACAGGAAAACCAAGACCAAACUAUAAUUAAGAAUAUUAUGGAAGAAAGAAUUCCCGCUGUCACAGAAGUAAAAGAAGAAAACGAAGAAAAUAUGAGUACAAUAAUCAAUCUUGCCAAUUAUUUGGCAGUAAAAAAACCUAAACACAUUCUAAUCGACAAUUUAAGAUAUAGAGAAGAUCUAUCAAGAAGAAACUUAAUCAAGAAAGAAUAUAAUUUCUACAAUUAUUGUAUUAUAAGUGUAUUAAUUAGUUUUAUCUUUGGAUUAAUAAUAGGAGUCGUAAUAGUGAGCUCAUCGCAAGCGCAUCUAAAAAACAUGAGCUCUAGGAAAUUAGUCAAAAUCAAUAAUUUAGUUACAUCUAGAACACUGAAUAGCCUAAAACUUGACUUGACCGAGAAGACUGAUCUAAAUAAUUUAGAAACGAAAAAUGUCGAUGCGAAAUUUGAAAGCGUAUCCUUCACUGGUGUUGCUGAGAAACACAAAUACAAAAAAGAUGUUUACCCCAAAGGACUGACCGAAGAUAUGAAAGACAUAUUGAAGGAUAACAAAAUGACAAGUCAUAAGCAUACAAUUAAUGUUGUUAACAAUGCAACGAAAUAUGUUCCUAAUCAGUUUACAGUGCUUUAUGAUAACGUGUAUUGGGGUCCCGAGGUUGAAGAUAUGAUGCCUCAGGGCUACGGAGAGAACACAGCAGAAAUAUGGGAGAAAUAUGUUGAUCAAAGUGAAGUGGUGAAAAUGGAAGCCGGAUGUGGUCGAAUGCAGAAUCGUCUGGUGACAUUCAAGGACGGCAUACAGGCGUGUGUCCGUUAUAGACAAAACACAGACCAAAUUCAAGGCGAAAUAUUUAGUUUUUACGUUGGCAGAUUGUUGAAUUUGACAAACUUAGCACCGUCUGUUGUUAAAGUUGUGGAUUUGAAAGAUAAGUUAUGGAAGAAUGUCGCCGCAGAUGUAGUUACAGCCCAGUGGAACACGAAUAGAGCGGUUGUCCUGACCCAAUACAUACCCAGUCUUGAAUCUGCUUCUAUACCAGAAAUUUUCAAACCAUCUAACAGACAUUUGAACAAAAAUGAUGUGCUGCAUAUGUCUUUGAAAGAAAACAAUACAGUUGACAAUUCUAAAGAGAUUCUUAUAGAAAAGUUGAAAGUUAAAAAUGUGAAAACUACCAAGCCAGAGACGAAAGUUGACGAUUUUGAUCAUAUUUAUAUGGUUUUGAGUAAGAAACUUAUCAAAUCAUUCGUUGAACUGGCGCAAUGGUCUGAUUUGAUAAUAUUUGAUUAUCUAACUGCAAAUCUAGAUAGGAUUGUGAAUAAUUUAUUUAAUUAUCAAUGGAAUGUCAAUAUAAUGGAUGGGCCAGCUCACAAUUUGGCUCGCAAAAUGGACAGUGGACUGCUAGUGUUUUUAGAUAACGAAUCAGGACUAUUGCAUGGUUAUAGAUUGUUGAAGAAAUAUAAUGUGUACCACAGUCUUAUGCUUGAUAACUUAUGUGUAUUUAGAAAAAGGACAAUUGAUUCGUUAAAAAGUUUAUAUGAAACUAACACAAUAGGUAGUAAAUUAAGUUAUAUGUUUCAUAAUAAGAAUAACGCUGUAAUUAGGGAUAUAUUGCCAUCUUUGCCCGAGAAAAAUGCAAAAAUAUUGCAUGAAAGAAUAGGAAGAGUUCUGAGUCAGGUUGAAAAGUGUGAACAGAGCUUUUCAUUGAGAUAAUGUUUUCAGUAUUUUUAAGUUAUAUUCACACUGAAAGCCUGCAAGUCUAAACUUUCAACUUAUCAGGCUUAUCAUUCUUUAUGAAAAAAAGCUUUUUAGAAAAUUCCCUUUAAAUAUGGCAAAAAAUUAUAAUCACGCAAAAAAUCAUAAAGUUUGAAUGUUUAAUUUGCAAAUUAAGCAAAAUAAAAUUGUAGUUUGGAUUUUUUCCGCUUGAUAGCAAUCUCUCAAGCUAUCAAUAAUUACAAUAAUUUAGACGAUAAAUAAUGUGUCGUUGUUGAAAAAAGUGUGAAUAUAACUUUUCAAAUACUGUAUAGGAGUGAUAUUAAUAAGCAUUUUUCGAUACCAAAUAAAAUUAAUUUAUUGUAAAAUAAACAUUAUUAUAUAAAACAAUGUGCCAGUUUAUUUAACGGUGAUAUUUAAAAAUAAAGAUUUGUAAAUAAUUAAGUUAUUGUCAAAUAUUGUAGAGA